AGCUUCUAUACCUAAUAAUUAAUAUACAAAACUAGGCUUUUGGGGCUUUAAAGCCUUGUGGGAGAGUUAUGGCAGGAGAGUACUUUGGGUGGGGGGUGAUAGAAGAAGGGUGGAGGAAGGGGCCUUGGACUGCAGAGGAAGAUAGGUUGCUCAUUGAGUAUGUCAAGUUGCACGGUGAAGGAAGAUGGAACUCUGUUUCUAGGGUUGCAGGGUUGAAAAGGAAUGGGAAAAGCUGUAGACUGAGGUGGGUGAACUACUUGAGGCCAGACCUCAAGAGGGGACAAAUCACCCCACAUGAAGAAAACAUAAUUUUGGAGCUUCAUGCUAGGUGGGGGAACAGAUGGUCAACAAUCGCGCGAAGCUUGCCCGGAAGAACUGACAAUGAGAUCAAGAACUACUGGAGAACACACUUCAAAAAGAAGGCAAAAUCCUCCUCCGCCAGCAAUGAAAGGGCAAGAGCCCGGCUUCUGAAACGUCAACAGUUCCAGCAACAACAACAGCAGCAGCAGCAUCAGCAGCAACAACCAACACCACAGCAACAAAUGAACCAAAUCACCCUGAAAAUGAUCAUGUCAUUUCUUGAUGAAGAUCAUGAUCAGCAGAGACUGCCAGCCCUGCCCCAGGCUAGGCAAGACAUGGCAGCUCUGUAUCCGAACAGCACCGCAGAGGAUCAACAAGGCUUCUAUUAUCCAGUUUUCAAUGGCUAUGGGUCUGUCCCUGAGGCUCACAAUGUCGACGAGAAUGUGUGGUGGGAUGGGUUGUGGAACCUAGAUGACCAUGGGGUGUGGUGCAAACAAAGCUGCUCUGCAUAAGUUAUCCACUUGAUCUUUCUCUUGAGUCUUAAAUUAUUAGUUGUGAGUUUUUAUUUUCUUGAUGCAUCCUUUGUUUUUGUUAAUGGUUGUGAUUGGAACCAAAAGGUUCUCAAUCAGGAGAGAAAAUAGUAAUGCAUGUAAUCC